GGGAGUCGUAGUGAACUGCGGAGCUGGGAAAUAGAGGAGGCGAUACAGAGAGAGAGAGAGAGAGAAGGAGAAUCAGAGGGAGCAGAGCUACCGAUAGCAUUUCUUAUUCUCAGAAAGCAGAGACCGGUUGUCCUCCCAUCUUCGGACAUGUGCUGCACCCGGCAGAAGCAGCAGUAGCGUCGGGGCGGUGUAGCCUAUACGUCAUUUUUUUCAGCCGCUUUCGCCUUUUUCCUUAUUUCCUCCAUCCUUGUGUUCUUUUGUAAUGAGCUUGUUAGGAGCAUACAAGAAAAAGACCAGUUACGAUGGCUAUGAAUGUUUGCAGCUGGUCGAUAGCGGCGGAGACAGCUUCGGCUUCGGCAGGGGGAGCGGAGGAGGCGGCGGCGGCUCGUUGGGAGGCUCCAUCGUGGCUACGCUCGGACCAAAGGCGGGCCCGCUGAGGGAGGAAGACUGCAGCACCAUGGACAGCUCAGAUAUGGAUGCAGGCUACGGGGGAGGGCUGUUGGACAUGGUGAAGGGAGGAGCAGGGAAGUUCUUCAGUAACUUUAAAGACAACUUAAAAGACACACUAAAGGACACCUCAACAAAGGUCAUGCAUCAGGUCGCCACGUACACUAAAGGAGAGCUGGACAUUGCUUACAUUACCUCAAGAAUCAUAGUCAUGACGUACCCAGCAGAGUCAGUUCAGAUUGGCUAUCAGAACCACGUUGAAGACAUCCGCUCCUUCCUCGACAGUCGUCAUGCCGACCACUACACAGUUUUCAACCUUUCACAGCGGAACUACCGGGGCGCCAAAUUCUCAAACAGGGUGUCGGAGUGCAACUGGCCUUCACGCCAAGCUCCCAGCCUUCACAACCUCUUUGCUGUGUGUAAGAACAUGCACAACUGGCUCAAACAGAACCCAAAGAAUGUGUGCGUCAUCACCUGCUCGAAUGGCCGCGCUCCCUCCGGGGUUUUGGUCUGUGCCAUGUUCUGCUUCUGCCACCUCUUCAGCCACCCAGUUCCUGCCAUGCAGCUGCUCAGCGCCAAGAGACCAGGCUCCGGACUCUGGCCCUCACACCGCAGGUACAUAGGUUAUGUAUGUAGCAUGGUAUCAGAGAAGCCCACUCUUCCGCACUCAAAGCCUUUGGUAAUUAAGGCCCUGACUAUGAGCCCAGUCCCCUGUUUCAACAAGCAGCGCAGCGGCUGUCGGCCUUUCUGUGAUGUCCUGAUUGGAGAGACAAAGAUCUUUACCACUGCGCAGGAGUAUGAGAGGAUGAGGGAGCACAGGAUCCAGGAAGGGAAAGUAGUGUUCCCCCUCGGUGUGAACGUUCAUGGAGAUGUUGUGGUUUCCAUUUACCAUAUGAGGUCCACUAUUGGGGGGCGUCUCCAGGCCAAGGUUUCCAACACACAGAUAUUCCAGAUCCAGUUCCACACUGGCUUUAUUGCUCCAGGGACCACGACACUGAAGUUUAACAAACCGGAGCUGGAUGCCUGUGACUCCCCUGAGAAAUAUCCUCAGCUGUUUCAUGUGAUCCUUGAUGUGGAGGUAGAGGGAGAGGAAAGACAGAAAGACCUGACGCCGCCAUGGGAGCAGUUUCCCUGUAAAGACCUGAAUCCCAGUGUGCUCUUCUCCUGCCAUCAGGAGCAUCAGGACGCACUGGCUGUUGCAGAACCAAGCAAACAGCAUGGAGAAGGUCGGGGCCACGGUGAGGAAAGCGAGCCCUCUGAUGAUGAAAUGCUGUCGCUGUCGAGCCAGCGAAGCAGCAUCAGCGCCGCUUCUCAAAAACCAGAACCCGCAGCUCCUGUGCCUGCCGCACCGGCACCUGCUGAGGAGGUGGACCUCCUCGGUCUGGGUGGGGAAGAUAUCAACCAUCCGUGCCCCUCCUCUCAACCUUCAGCAGCUGCUUCCACUGAUCUUUUGGGAGAUUUGUUUGGGGCUCCACCCCAACCAGCCAGUGCGCCCUCAUCCUCUCAGUCCACUCCGCACAAAGUGACGCCAAAUACUGCCUCACCAAGUCCUUCUCCUGCUCCACCAGCAUUUGAUCCUUUUAGAACGGCUCCUAUGCCGCAGCCUCAGGAGAUGAUGGGCUCGUUCCUCGGACCAGGUAAUGUGGGGCAGGCAGACCCUUUUGUGCAUGCUGCUCGUUCUCCAUCACCCACCCUGCAGCCUACAAGCCUGGGUCGAAGUUCCCCUGUCCCAACAACCGCACCUACUGUCAACAUUCAGCAGCAAAAUGCAAUGGGAGGUUGGGACUGGAACAAACCUGGCACCACAAGCACAGGAGGAGGUUUUGGUAUCGGCAGUCGGUCAGCAACCACCAGUCCCACGGGGUCAGUCCACAGCACCCCCACCCACCAAGCUAAGCCAAACACCUUGGAUCCAUUUGCUGACCUUGGAAACCUUUCCGGCAGCCUUGGAGGUGCUUCUGGAUUCUCCAGCAAGCCCACAACCCCCACAGGAUCAACCCCAUCCUUCCCACCUAUGGGUUCACCAUCCCGGCCACAACCAUCCCCCCAGCACACAGGGGGGUGGCAGCCCCACACCGGAGCCAACUUCCCCUCCUGGCAGCCCGGCACUGGAGGCGGUGCAGGAUGGCAAGCCCAAGGACACGGUCCAACCAGCCAACCAAAGCCCAGCCCCAGCCACACGUCCAUGCCUCACACAUCGCCUCAGAAUCGACCCAACUACAAUGUUAGCUUCUCUGCGAUGGGAGGAGGCUCUCCAAGCGGCUGUGGCAAAGCGCAGGCAGGGAUGGGUUCUAAGCCCAAAGCCUCAGAUGCCAACUUUGAUGACCUGCUGUCAGGACAGGGAUUUGCAGGGGCCAAAGAGAAAAAAGGCCCCAGGACAAUCGCUGAGAUGAGGAAGGAGGAAAUGGCCAAAGACAUGGACCCAGAGAAAAUAAAGAUUCUGGACUGGAUCGAGGGGAAGGAGCGUAACAUCCGCGCCCUGCUGUCCACCAUGCACACUGUGCUUUGGGAGGGGGAGACGCGCUGGAAACCAGUGGGUAUGGCUGACCUGGUUACCCCAGAACAGGUCAAGAAGGUUUACCGCAAAGCAGUGCUGGUUGUGCACCCUGAUAAAGCAACAGGACAACCGUAUGAACAAUAUGCCAAGAUGAUUUUCGUGGAACUGAACGAUGCCUGGUCAGAAUUUGACAGCCAAGGACAAAAACCUCUCUACUCCUAAAAGAAAA